GUUCUGAAUCCCCGGAACCCACGGGAAGGACCGCAGCGCUGCCCUCCCCUCUUGCCCACGGUUCCAUCCUGUCCCCAGGCCCCCGGCUCUGCGCCCUCUGCGGUAGGGAGGGAGUGGCGCGGCCAGCUCCGCGCUAGUGCAGCGACGUCCCGCGUGUGCCUUCUGGGUGAGAUUUUCCAGGGACCCAACGGGCCCGACCCGAUCAGCGCUGAGCUCCAGAAACCUUGCGGCGGGCAGGACCUGGCUGCUGGCUCGAUGGUCGAUAUCCAGCUUUCUACGACUUUGUGCACGCUAAUUCUUAACCACGUCUGUUUCUCGUCUAUAAAAUGGACAUGAUACACAUGUACUGCCGGGUCUGACUCAUUUCUGUACACUGUCACUCACUGGAUGGUAUUCCUCUUAAUCGACUUCUGUUCUGUGGCUGGACAAGUUGUUUGGUUUAAAUGAAGUUAUAAACAGUCAUUCUGGAUGAGCCAAAAUUGUCUACUGGUGCAUUGAAGAUCGGCACCCACUGGGGUCAGAUGAGCCUGGUGUGACAAGAGAGUGUGAGUUUUGGUCCUGUUCUAGAGAAGCAAGCCAUGGAAACCCUAAAAUCCAAGACCAAAACGAGGGUCCUCCCCUCUUGGAUGACAGCCCCUGUGGAUGAGAGAAAGGUUGUAUCAGUGAAGACAGCCACAAGGAAGCAGACAGCCGCCUGGGCCCAGAGAGUGGGGGCAGCAACAAGAGCCCCAGCCACGGAGACCGUGUACUGCAUGAAUGAAGCUGAAAUGGUAGACGUGGCACUGGGGAUCCUGAUUGAGGGCCGCAAACAGGAAAAGCCCUGGGAACAGCGGUCUCUGGAGGCCACUGAUAAGCUGCAGCUCUCCCCUCCCUGUUCCUCGUCCCCCGGGAGCAGCAGUGAGGAAGAAGACAGCAGGAUCAGCUCUCUUGCUCCAGGCCUCAGCCCUCCCCGGGGACCAGAAGCUUCGGACUCUCCCUGUAGCAGAAGCCCGGAGGAGGAGAAGGAGGAGGAAGACGCGUUGAAGUACGUCAGGGAAAUAUUUUUCAGUUAGUAUGAAUUGUUCACUGCUUCAGCUGAGAGCUGUGGGUGCUGCCCACCCCUACUGGCCCCUGCCACCCACGAAAACCAGGCUUUGCUCCCAACUUCCAGUCCCAGGAGGUUGUCAGUUUGGGUGGGACUUUUUCUGUAGCAGGAUGCAGAAACGCAUCCUGUUACAGACUUUCCCUGCUCCACCCUCGGGCCCUGAGGGAUGGCAAUCCCAGCCCCGAGUUUCAUUCACAGUAAAAGUGAGGUCUUGGGCCUACUUGCCAGAUGCAAAGGAAAAUAGAGCUGCCGAGAACAUGGGUAUUCUAGACAGGCAGCCAGAUCUCGACUUAAAGAGACCUAUGAACAGUCUCCCUCACGACACAGUCCAGCAGUAAGCUUCCACCCUCCCAACCAAACAGGCUGGCAACUGCCCACAGUUCCCUGCCAGUCUAGGAGCCUCCUGCUCCUAGACUGUGAGGCUGGUGAGCCACACAGGCCCUGUCUACCACCAGUCACCUCUCUUCCUCCUGGGGCCUCCACCUUGACCCCUGUAAGGGAGAGUGGGACACGGGUCGCUGAGGACAAAAGAUCACACCAGAGUCCAGGUUUCUUUAUAUUCACUUUGGCUUUUGAUGAGCACAGAAUGAAGAACUCAUUGCCACGUAGGUUUUCUGAUAUACAGGCACUGAACAAAAUAUAUACUGAUGCCGCGAUGCAUAAUAAAGACCAUGCCUUCUGCCUUUCCAGUUCUGGGUAAGGUGAGGGGACACGGUGUGUGUUUGUGACGACUAUUCAAUCCUGUUCACCUUCCAGGAGUUGACACAUUUUGCGUCUGCAUCCCUGGGUCACGAGGAUGGCUUAACAGCUGAUUCCUGUUUGCUGUCAGGUCCAGGGACCCCUUCAGGGGACCCUAAAAAGCCAGUGAGGCUUCUCUUUGUGCUGACAGGACUCGGUGUUAAAGCAGGUUGCUUGUUUGUUUGUUUUUUGUUUUUCCCCUAAUCAUCCCAUUUGUUGCCAUAACCAUCACAGAGUUCUAGUUUGACACUUUGCCAAGAUAGCUUGGAAGUUUGGCCUCUGACAGACUCCCACCUGCCUGGGACUAUAGGAAUCCCUGUGCUAAUGAGCUACAUGGUACCCUAAGAAACUGCAGGUACCCCAGCCCUCCAAGCCGCCUCUGGGUUCCUUGACACCACAGCCCGUCUGCACAGUGAGUGGUCCCCUCUGCUGUGCUGGAGAUCAACAUUAGCUAUGACACAGGGUGACUGAGAAGAACUACUCAGCACAGGUCCUCUGGCACCUUCUUGGAGCACAGUUGGAACCGAACCCUUGCAAUCCCAUAAUAAGCCUUUGUAAGACCGGACUAACAGUUCUCCCACUGGUUCUUGUCCUCCUUAUCCCGUGGCGGGAACCUAACCGUGGCCACAAGCAAGAAGAUGAGUAACAGCUGGGCUAGGCAUAGAGCUGGCAAGGCAGGCCCCAGGAAGGAGAGCCUGAGCCACUUCCACACGAAGGAGAGGAAGAGGCUUAGUCCUCCGGCCAACAGAAUGGAGGAUGCCGCCAGGAAGCACACGGCCAGCCGCCACUCUCCCUCAUCUCUGUUGUACUGGGCAAGGAGGAGAGGCAGAGGGACGAACACUGUGAGGACCAGGGCUCCAUACACACCGAGCCUGGCCAGGGCUAGUCCAACCUGAGGAAUGCCCAGCACGUCCAGCUCGGGAAAGUUGUAACAUGCUAGGGAGCCCAUGUCCUCCUUCCACAGACAGAAGUUGUAGAAGCCGAUUCUCAGGCUAGGUAGGUCAGCGAGGUUGCCAGCCUUCCAGAGGAGAGCGUAGAACAUCAGGCACAGGGCCGCGGCCAAGAGGAUCAUGAUGCCCACGAAGGGCAGGUGGUUGUUCCGCCACAGCCUGGAGAAGGCCAUAUCUUCUGCUGUUGCAGGGAGACCUGGAAAAGGUCACAGCAGUGAAUAUCUAGCCCUUUCCUUGUGUUUACAAGUUCCCAUUCUUUCUGUCCUCAUGAAGAUAGGAGGUCCCAAGUCACAGCCAGGUCCCAGUCACAGUGGUCCACUGCUUUGAGGUUAGAAGGAACUGGGCAGCUGUGGAAACCUGAAGUAUCCUGAGCCGCAGCCCUCAGGUAAAGGGCUUUCCCGCAGCAUGGAUAUCACAGGCUGUUGGGGGCUCUCUGAGAGUGUCUCAGGUCCUCAUAAAGGUGGGUUUGCAGGUGUGAGGGUGAAGGGCAAGCCUCACGGUUAGUUGGGACGGCAGCUUGAGGUAGGUGCGCGAGGCUUGACUGAGCCUAAGCUCAGUUGCUGCUGACAACCACUUAGAUGACUGCAGAACUACCCAGCUAGGCUACAUGACAGUCAGCCCAGUGUCUGCAGGCUGGGUGUGCGUGGUCAGCAAAGCUCUAUGGCUCAGUUGGUUGGAUGUGAGCCUGAGUGAAGGAUCAGUGGCCUGUGCCUCCUUCCCCGUUUAGGGAACUGAACCUCUCCUUGGGUGAAAUCACACUAUUGUAUGAUGUUGCUUUUAAAACAUGUCUGUCUGUCCCCUCCUCCCAUAACAACAGUAAUCUAUUAGUCUAGGAAAUUCUGGAAACUUUUUAAAAGAAAAAAAUUAAAAUAACCCUUUAUCCUACCACCAUAGUAAAACCACUGUUCAUAUUUCACAGACAUUUCCCCUAUGUGAUUAUAUGUCUUUAAAGC